AAGAAAGUCUACCGAGGAAGGUUUGAUUCAUUGUGACCUACGAAGAUGAUAAACCUGACACUACUGUUUACAUUGGUUGCCACACUAACAAUAUCUUCCGCUCAACGUCCGGAAACAUCAAGAGUGGUUCAUGUUCUGCGAGAUGUUGAACCGUACCAUAGACAUUACCGGGAAUUCAUCAUCAAUGAGAUCAACAAAGCUAGACUGAAUAUGUCUGACGUAACAUCCGAAUUGUAUCGAGCAAUGACGGAUGUAAAACAGGAGUAUGUCAAACUGGCAGUAGAUGCUGAAAAAACAUUGGUGGACGACGUCAACCGGAACACUGGUGAUCCGCCAUGUUUGGGUUUUCUUAGGACCACGAUCGAACACAACAUGUACAUGGCAGGAAUUUACUUUAGCAAUUGCAUCGACGACUUGGAGGACAAACUGGAUGCGGAAACCCAAAGUGUGUAUUUGGAAUUACAACAUAACGAGAAGAACUACGUUCGGAAGGGUUUUUUGGAUGUUUUUCACAGAGAAAAUAUUGUCUUGGAUCCUGAGACGAUAAGUUAUAAACUCGAGGACAGGAAAGCUAGUUUUCAACAAGUUCCAAAGUCGGUUAUAACAGGUUUAACAAAUAUUGUAGAUGGUUUCAGAGACAGGCUGGUCACUGCACGCACUGUAUAUACAACGUGUCUAGUAAAUAACAGAAAUCUUCUACAAGUAAUUCUCGAUAACACAAAAAGACAACUAAACACAAUAUGUCGUCAUGGACUGUGACAUUCACAAAUGACCUACAUUAUGACGGCUACUUUCGCAUAUACAUAACUCGCUGCAAAAAAGGAAUGCCAUGUUACAUUUUAACAUUGUUAUCAGUUAAUCAGGAUAUUUCCACAGCCCCGAAACAUCGAUUUGCCAAGGGGAUUCGAGACUUUUUUAAAAAGGGACUAAUUUGCAAUAUAACUUCAAGCCUAUUAUCCUCGAACAAAUUAACUCCAGCAUUCAUUUUCUCCUAACGAUUGAAUGUUUCCC